CGGUCGGAUGCCCAACCCGGGAACAGACGGGAGGUCCAAAUAGGGUUUUAUUACAACAUUUUGAAGCUCGGGAGGGACUGAAGUGAUGGGUUCAAGGGCGUUUUUUUGGGGUAACGACAGGACAGGAGGGACAAGAUGGGGGAAGAAAUUUGAACGAAGCUCUGAGUAAGCUCGUCAAUGCGGAGAAGCGAGGCUUGCCACUGCACAACUCCCCCAUUUCUACUGCAAUGGCUUCCUCUCUCAAAAUCAUGAAAAAUUGAGGGCAGGGUAAAUCACUGCCGGGUUCUCAUGUACAGGCAGGACCUUAAGGCACAAGACAUUGAAAAGUACAGGUUACGUAUGCUUCCGACCCGUCAGGUUUUCUUUGCCCAGCACAUACUUGAAGAUAUGAAUAAAGAACUCAAAGGAUUGAGAUGCGUAUUCAGUGGUUCUGGAAAGAUAGCAAUGUAUGUCAUUGAGAAGCUUCUCGCUUACGGUGCUGUUCCCAUCACGGUAUCAGGUAAGUUUUAUAUGCCUGAUGAAGUAAUAUCCAGAAUUUUCAAUUCUUUGGGAUAAGUUCGCCAAUUAUUAGAUUAACACGCAAUUGACCAGUUCCAUUAUUUGUUUCCCUCACUGAAGUGAAUUAAAGAUUUUGUUGGUUGAAACUUGUUAGAAGAUUACUUCAAGCAACUUGUGCAAACUGAAUCAGACAUAUUUAUAGUUUAUUUGACGUGACUUCUCUUGGGCAGCUUUGUUUUCAAGUAGUAUGUUUGUGGAAGAAUAUGAACAUGUCACGUGUUCGAGUUAAAAUGACUGGAAAUUGUUUUGCUUCCUAUGUAAUAGGGGCUAGUAGUAUAAUGCUUUUUUAGGUCAUUUAUGGUGUUUUCUCUUGACAAAUAUGAAAAAUGUGGAACACAGCCAUCUGAUCUGUUGCUCUUCCUUCAUAGGAGUUAUUGUUUUCUCAUCUUGUAUCUGUUUGUGGCGUUUCAUUAAUUCUGGUUUUGUAGGGACUUUGGGAAUGACACUUUUAAUCAACUCCCUACAAAUGACUCGAUACCAUUUUAUAAACGGUUUGUAUAAAUGAGUGCCUUUGCUUGUUAAUGUUGCACAGAUUCGAAGGGUUAUUUGGUGGACUAGGAUGGAUUUUAUUAUAUGAAAAUAUCAUUUUUGAGAGAUAUUAAAGCUCAACAAAGAAGUUUGAGGUUGUUUGUUUUAUCAUUAUUACAAAUUGCACCCUGUAAUAAUAUUAAUAUGUCCUUAUUCAUUUAAGUGACAUCUGCAGAGAUUAUUCAAAGACUUAUGCUUGAUCGACGUACUAUGAUGAAGCAAAACCUUGGAAUGAAAGUUGUGAUGUCGCAUUUCCUUGUGCUUCACAAAAUGAAAUUGAUCAGUCUGAUGCCAUUAAUUUGGUUAAUUCAGGUUGUUGUAUACUAAUAGAAGGUAGUGGUUCUUGAUAUGAUGCUUGAUACUUUUAGUUCUUUUUAUUUUUCAUUUUUAUUAUUACUAUUGUUAUCAUCUUAUUGUUAAUAACUAUAUCACAAUAUGUCCCUUAGGUUCAAACAUGCCCCGUACCCCGAAGCAGUUGAUGUUCUGAGAAAAGCUAAUGUUCUCAUUGCUCCUGCUAUGGCUGCUGGUGCUGAAGGGGUUGGAUGUUUCGUUUACCUUUUCUGACCUUGCAUGAUAUAUACCUUUUCAGCUUUCAAGAACAAAACCAAGGAGGAAUAAUUGUUAAUAUCCAUGCAUAUAUAUGAAUCACUUUAAUUUUUCUCACAUACAAGAAAGGCCCAUCUGCUUCAUAUAAUAAUGCAACCUUCAAAAAUAACUUGUUUGUGAACUUUUGGUUUUGUGCCAAUUCUUCUUGAAUAGCACAUUAUGUUACAUUUUCCCCAGCCGUCCCUAGUGCAUGGAUAUUGCUAUUUAGGCAGGGAAAAAUUCUUUAAAAAAUGAAGAUUUGAAAUGAUGACUGUGGUACACGGAUUCUCGUUGAGAUAAAGUUCCAUGAAAUAUAAAGAAGGAAGCUGUAUAAGAUAGGAUACAAGAUAGUAUUAAUAAAAAUCAUGUUAUGAGUUAGGGACAAUUAUAUAAUCUGUUUAUAUGCACCUAGAAUAGAAUUAAUUGAACAAAUUGAGUGGUAAUAAAUGGAAAAGUAUCGAAUAUUUUAGAAACUUGAGGGGGAGAGAAUAUUUAUAGGAGAGGUAAAUGGCUAAGGUAGUUUGUGUUUUUCUGUUUCGUUUAUAUCCUGAUUUAACCACGUUGAUAUGGAUUUUCGUUGGUUUUCUACCAAUUAUUCUGUUAAUUUAUGUGCUAAAUCUGUAAUAACUUUGCUGCCGGUUGCUGCUGGAGAACUUGAACCGAACCAUGAGUGUAAUCCAAUGCAGUGGUCUCCUGAGGACUUUGAAUCUAAAUUACAGGAAUUAGUGAAGCAGACGUAUCAGAGAGGUUUCAAAGCAGCAGCUGAUUUUGGUUAUCAGAAAGAGAGUCCCGAGGUUUUGGUACAUGGAGCAAUGAGCUCUGCUUUUCUGACUAUUGCUCAAGCGAUGAGUGAUCGAUCAAGGGUGUGUAUAAAAAAAUGUUGCCCUUAUUGGCGGGAAACUGGAGCAAUGAUAUCAAAUAAUCCCUUGUGUCUGUUUCAUGUGCGUUUCAAGAUUCAUAAGCUAACGACGCUGAAUGCUGGGUUGUGGCAGGAGAUUCAUUCAACAUAUUUGUAUUUUUAUAGAUAGCUGACGCUUGAGUAGGCUAAUUAGGGGAUUGGUUUGGCUAAUUAGUCAAUUUUUUUUUUUUUUUUUGAGUUGAAAGUUAAGUUAUUGGUGGUAGUUUAGGGUCAGUGGAUGUAUCGCAUGAAGUAUUAAUGUCAAUGACCCAAUCAUACAUGUUGAUGUCUUGUGUAAUACAUCGUCGUUGAAAGAA